AUGGCGUCUGGUUCCUCUUCUUCGAACAAUCGUUCGAUGGAGUCUCGCACGGGAAGGACCAAGCAACGCUACAAUGCAAAAGGGGAACGUUUAGUCGCCGGCAUUGUACCCCUUACCGCGGAUAAAUCCUAUGUCCUUCUUAUCCAGUCGACGAGAAGAAAGGGUUGGGUUCUUCCCAAGGGAGGCUGGGAGACCGACGAGGAGAUCACUGAGGCCGCUACGCGUGAGGCCUGGGAAGAGGCAGGCAUUUCGAUCCAGAUCGACUACGACCUCGGGGAGAUUGUAGAGUCGCGACCACCCAAAAAGUCCUCCAAGGACUCGAGCAAGUCACUGUACCACUUCUACGAAGCAACCGUACUGAAAGAGGAGGUUGACUGGCCGGAGAAACACAAACGAGAGCGACAGUGGUUUACCUAUGCUGAGGCAAACGACGCACUGUCGGCACGCCCAGAACUUCUGGAAGCUCUGACAAGGUCUACCAUGAAGCGGUAG